AAAGGGCGAAUUAAAAUGUUAUUCAAAUCCGAAUUACAGGUCAAUCCAGCUUGUCCACGACUGAUCCGAAGAAGAGGACUAGAAAGGUACGAUCAGCUUAGAAUCCGCAGAGAAUCCAGAGUAGAGUACGGCAAGCCUUCUAAAUUCUCUCUCGCAUCUUUGAACUCCGACGUAGAUCCCGUCGAGUUCGUGUCCGUACGACCAACAACCAAAUCGAGAACCAUGCCUUACCGUAGAAGAACCCUAUUGAAGGUUAUCAUCCUCGGUGACAGCGGGGUUGGAAAGACCUCUUUGAUGAAUCAAUAUGUAAAUAAGAAGUUUAGCAAUCAGUACAAGGCUACUAUUGGAGCAGAUUUCUUGACCAAGGAAGUUCAUUUCGAAGAUAGACUCUUUACCUUGCAGAUUUGGGAUACAGCUGGCCAGGAAAGAUUCCAAAGUUUAGGUGUUGCUUUUUAUCGUGGUGCUGAUUGUUGUGUUCUUGUUUAUGAUGUCAAUUCAGCAAAGUCAUUUGACAACCUUAACAACUGGAGGGAAGAAUUUCUUAUUCAGGCAAGUCCCUCAGAUCCAGAAAACUUUCCAUUUGUUGUUUUAGGAAACAAAGUUGAUGUUGAUGGAGGAAACAGUAGGGUGGUCUCGGAGAAAAAAGCUCGAGCUUGGUGUGCCUCCAAAGGAAAUAUUCCUUACUUUGAGACCUCUGCCAAGGAAGGCGUUAAUGUGGAAGAAGCUUUUCAGUGCAUAGCAAAGAAUGCCCUAAAGAGUGGUGAAGAGGAGGAGAUUUACUUGCCUGACACCAUUGAUGUUGCUACCAACAAUCAGCCAAGAUCGAGUGGGUGUGAGUGCUAAAUGAUGCCCGUGUCCUAUUUUUUUUCCAGCUGUAAUAAAUUUCCUCUAGAAUGAUCCCUUUUUAGCGGUUAUUGUUUCUAUGAAACUACACUGUAAAUUGAUGUUGAUCUAUUGCUUCUGGUCUUGGUGCCUUUUCAUGUAAGUACUCCUUGAUGUGGUCAAGUUUUAAUUUAAUUUAACGUUGGGCGUUCUCCAAUGAUUGAUUGCA